AUGGACUCAUGUAACAAGACGAGAGUUUCAGAAUUUCUUCUUCUGGGAAUUUUAGAAGACAAAGACCUGCAACCUCUUACUUAUGGUCUUUUCCUCUCCAUGUACCUGGUCACUGUCUUUGGGAACAUGCUAAUUAUCUUGGCCAUCUUCUCAGACCUCCGUCUACACACCCCCAUGUACUUCUUCCUUUCCAACCUGUCUUUUGUGGACAUUUGUUUCAUUUCAACUACUGUCCCAAAGGUGCUGGUGAACAUCCAGACCCAAAGCAAGGUCAUCACCUAUGCAGGGUGCAUCACCCAGAUGUACUUUUUCCUGCUUUUUGUAGAAUUGGACAACUUCUUACUGACUAUCAUGGCCUAUGACCGUUAUGUGGCCAUCUGUUACCCCAUGCACUACACGGUAAUCAUGAACUACCAGCUCUGUGGACUGCUGGUUCUAAUGUCUUGGAUUGUGAGUGUUCUGCAUGCCAUGUUUCAAGGCUUAAUGAUGCUGCAGCUGUCCUUUGGCACACAGCUGGAAAUCCCACACUACUUCUGUGAACCUAAUCAGGUGGUCCAGCUCACUUGUUCUGACUCUUUUCUUAAUGAGCUGGUGAUGUAUUUUACACUUGUGUUGCUGGCUACCAUUCCACUUGCUGGUAUCUUCUAUUCUUACUCCAAGAUAGUCUCCUCCAUAUGUGCAAUCUCCUCAGCUCAAGGGAAGUACAAAGCAUUCUCCACCUGUGCAUCUCACCUCUCAGUCGUCUCUUUAUUUUACUGCACAGGCCUAGGAGUUUACCUCAGUUCAGCUGUAAACCACAGCUCACAAGCAAGUUCAACAGCCUUGGUCUUGUACACUGUGGUCACCCCCAUGCUGAACCCCUUCAUCUACAGUCUUAGGAAUAAAGAUGUUAAGAGUGCCCUGAAAAAACUCUUUGGGAGGAAUUUAUAA